UCUUUCCCUCCACAUCCUCUCCCUUUCACCAGCAGCGACACACAGCAUCCUCUUUCUUCCAGAGCCCGUGGAUCCUUUGACUUGACUAAUUAGCCUUGAAGAUCAUCAUCUUCACGGUAGCAACAUAGCAGCGGACUGCAGACAGAUCAUUAGGUGCAGGGUGUCUGGUACCAGCCUGUUUUCUCUUCACUCUCCGCCUCUUGGACUUUUUAGUGAUCCAGCCGCAGAAGUAAGAGGAGGUUCUGUCCGUGAAGAAAUCCCGAGACCAAAAUCACAGCAUGGGCUGCCGGAGCAAAUCCUAGUGGAGGCGAGGACCUGACGGAGGCUCUGCAGGUGACUGCUUGAAACAAACGGGGGUUAAAGAUGAUUGACACACGGCUGGUGGCCCAAAGGCGAGAGAUGAAACUUCUGGAGGACAGCGGCCAGCAGAAGACCAGCACCUACAUUGUGCCCUGCUUUCUCCUCGUCGAGUUGGUCAUCAUGGCAGGGACUGUUUUGCUGGCGUACUACUUUGAGUACACGGACACCUUCCCCGUGCACAUCCAGGGCUUCUUCUGCUUCGACAAAGCCUACUCCAAGCCGUACCUGGGACCGGAGGACUACAGCAAGGCGCCGCCUGUCCUCGUCUACUCCCUCGUUACCGCCAUCCCCACUGUGACGAUUCUGAUUGGAGAAGUGACCGGUUUCUUUGUCAAGUCCGAGGCGGCUCAGGAGAAGACCAUCGUGACCGCAGACUGCUGCUAUUUCAACCCUCUUCUUCGGAGGAUCGUGCGCUUUCUGGGCGUCUACUCCUUCGGCCUCUUCACGACCACCAUCUUCGCCAACGCGGGUCAAGUGGUGACAGGAAACCAGACGCCUCAUUUCCUGACGACCUGCAAGCCCAACUACACGGCUCUGGGGUGCCAGUCCUCGCUGCAGUACAUCACCGAGCACCGCGCCUGCACAGGGAACCCUUACUUGGUGGCGUCCGCCCGGAAAUCCUUCCCGUCCAAGGACGCGGCGCUCAGCUUUUACUCGGCCGUCUACACCGUGAUGUACGUGACCCUGGUGUUCCGCACCAAAGGCACCCGUCUCACCAAGCCGACGCUGUGCCUGGUGCUGCUGUCUCUGGCUGUGCUCGUGGGGGUGGUGAGGGUGACGGAGCACAGGAACCACUGGAGUGACGUCCUGGCUGGGUUUGUCACCGGAGGCGCCAUCGCCGCCUUCCUGGUUUCCUGUGUGAUCAACAACUUCCGGCCGGCCCAAACGGCGGGGCCGAGCCCUCCCGCGCCUGCGGCUCCGCAUCCUUCGGAGACCCCGGCCGGUAUUCCUCUGCUCAGUCUGCCUCGUGUUGAGAGUCCACUCGAAAAACUCCAGGGAUACCGUAUUCUGAGAUCACAUGACCAUCAGCCAAUCCCGCGCCCCACCCCUGUGCACCAUCCCCUCCGGCGGUGCCUCACCAGCUCGGUGUAGAUCUGCCCGGCGACAGCGGCGGCACCGCCCCGCCUUGCCCCGCCCACCGGGGGGUGCGGCUUUCUCUCCGUCGGGUGAAGUCCACCCAGGUGUGAAGGUCCCACGGACUGUACUUUUUUGCGAGACGGCCACACCUUGUCUUGUAGAGACGAGCGGAUGAAAGGCUGAAUAGAAGCCGGCGCUGUUGAAGCAAUACAUGGCCGCCUCCUCCCUGGUCCCCACAAAGACUCGUUGGCCAGCGGAUCUCACUCAGGACUGUUCACUGUGGGGAAGGAGGAUUCAAUGUCACCAAAACGCUGCUUCAAGACAGCACUUUUUUUUAGUCCAGGGGUGUCCAAACUUUUUCCACCGACAAAAACUCCACUAUCCUUAAUGAAUCAUUUCAUCUUGAUUAAUUAAACACGCUAAAAUCCGCCAAUUGUUGGUCAAUAUAUGCUAAGCUGUGAAAUAAAUGUAAAGAAAAAUACAAUUUGUACUACUAUUGUUUUUAUUUCGUCAACUAAAUUGCCUUUUUAACCCGCUGGAAAACGUACCAAAUCCUUGCGAGCGCGCGUGUCCCAGCAACCCGCGGUCGCCAUGACGGGACGCACGAAAAUCAUCGAAGACCAUAUACUGUAGAGACGCACAGGAAGUCGGCCAUUUGGGGUUCGCAGGUGCCCUUUUUUGGGGGGAAUUUGGGCCGUCUGCGGUUUUUCUUUGUUUUGUGUGUAACGUUCAAAUGGUAUUUAUUAAGCUAGGAUUUAGCAUUUUUUUCACAUACUUUUGUGUUUACUUUCACCAUCCAAAAAAAUCACCCAAAAACCUAAAAUCCGCGUAAGGAAUAUUUAGAUAUGUAUAUUUUUUUUCAACUGUAAAAGUGUCUAAAAAGUGUAGGGAUGGGUACCUUUCACAUUUGAACGGUUAAUCGUACUUAACUAGAGAUGUCCCAUAAUAUCGGACUGCCGAUAUUAUCGGCCGAUAAAUGCUUUAAAAUGUAAUAUCGGAAAUUAUCGGUAUCGAUUUCAAAAAGUAAAAUGUAUGACAUUUUAAAACGCCGCUGUGCACACGGACGUAGGGAGAAGUACAGAGCGCCAAUAAACCUUAAAGGCACUGCCUUUGCGUGCCGGCCCAAUCACAUAAUAUCUAAGGCUUCUCACACACACAAGUGAAUGCAAAGCAUACUUGCUCAACGGCCAUACAGGUCAUACUGAGGGUGGCCAUAUAAACAACUUUAACACUGUUACAAAUAUGCGCCACACUGUGAACCCACACCAAACAAGGAUGACAAACACAUUUCGGGAGAACAUCCGCACCGUAACACAACAUAAACACAACAGAACAAAUACCCAGAACCCCUUGCAGCACUAACUCUUCCGGGACGCUACAAUAUACACCCACCGCUACCCUCUACCCCGCCCACUUCAACCUCCCCAUGCUCUCUCAGGGAGAGCAUGUCCCAAAUUCCAAGCUGCUGUUUUGAGGCAUGUUAAAAAAAAUAAUGCACUUUGUGACUUCUAUAAUAAAUAUGGCAGUGCCAUGUUGGCAUUUUUUUUUACAUAACUUGAGUUGAUUUAUUUUGGAAAAACUUGUUACAUUGUUUAAUGCAUCCAGCGGGGCAUCACAACAAAAUUAGGCAUAAUAAUGUGUUAAUUCCACGACUGUAUAUAUCGGCAUCGGUUGAUAUCGGAAUCGGUAUUUAAGAGUUGGACAAUAUCGGAUAUCGGCAAAAAAAAACAUUAUCGGACAUCUCUAUACUUAACGGUACUUUUUUUGUGUGUUCAUGUGGUAAAAUAAAAGCUAACUUUUUAAAAUAAUAAAAAAUUUUUUUUUAUUUAAAAUUAACCACUGAGCACAGCUGUUAUAUCUUAGAGGGUUUUCCUAGUUGUGUUGCCAUGGUCAGUAAGUAGUCUUUGCCAUUAGAUUUGAAUGUGCCAGUCUUGUCUUUUGUUGAGCCCUACAAAGUGUUUAUACUGUAAAUAUCGUAUUUAUUACAUGUGCCUUGGUUGUAGUUUCACUUUACAAAUUUGGAGGCGUUGAACUGGCCAUGUAAAAUCGCUAAUGCUAAUCAGUAGCAUGCAUACGGCAUUUUCAAUGUAAAUUACUUACUUUUGGGCACUUUCUAUCAAGCAGGCAUUGAAAAAUUGCAACAUUAGCUAGAGGCUGUCCGCUACAAAUGACGCCACAUGCAAUAAAAGGUCACCGAUGGACUUUACGUAAAUCGGUAGUACCGAUGGAAUUCAGUACCCAUCCCUAAACAAGUUUAAUAAUCCCUUUUAACUUAUGAUGCAAAUAUAUAUGGAAUAUAACAACUCAUGAACACAUUUAGCAAACAUUAGUCAAUGUAGUGAAAUACUGAUUAUAUGCAGUACUAACUUCCUGUACCAUGUUAUGUACACAACACAUGGUUUUUUUGUAGUGUUUUACUUUUGUGUAUGUAGAAAUAGCGCCUCUUAAGUGGCAGCUGGUUGCACCAGCUCUGUGCUCUUUUAAUGUAUUUUAUGUUAUUUUGACUUUUCCCUCUAGUUUUCAUGUUUUGUGCACUUCUUGUAUCGGCCACAAAAAUGUCCUCAUUGUGGGACCAAUCAAGUCGAUCUUACCCUAAAUAAAGUGUUCCAUUCCAAGAAUACUGUUUUACAGUCACGCCUGAGUAGGAAUUUCAAAGCCAUGAUGUGUGUAUUUGUGUUAGUUGGUCACUUGAUGGCAGUGUUGGCUUAUCUUCCCGCCCUUUUCCCUCUGCAACUAAACGGCUGCUCUUGCUUUUUUGUUUGUUUGUUUUGUUUUGUUUAAUAUCGUCAAUAAGAAAGCGGUGUCAUGUUUUAUGUUACAAUUUGCAUCAUAAAUCCGAUUUCGCCGAACCAAUUUUCGCCGUUUAAAGACUCGUCUGCAGUUUGAAGUCGGCAUUUGGCGUCUGCGUCAACAUCGUGCUACACUACGGUUACAAGGUUCUUUGUACAAUAUGUUCUGGGCCCCAAAAAAAAAAAAAAAAAGAAGCAAAUUGCACUUUGGACACCCCUGCUUUCGCCGAAAUGUGAUUUUUUUUUUUUUUUUUUUUUUUUUUUUUUUUUUUUUUUUUUAAGGAAAGCACUCAUGAAGUUUGUUUUGGGAGUGGCUUAAUAUUGUCUGGGACAACGCCACCAAUACUAAAGUUCACGCACGUGUUUACUGACGACACAUGUUCCUUCUUUUCCAGCGAAAUCAAAAGCGGCAUCUCGGACCAACAUGUGUAAGUUUUGUACAGUAGACUAAGGGUUUCUUUCCACACUAUAUGAUCAUUAUUACUGUCUUUAUGUUUAGUGUGAGAUGGAAAUGUUCAAGGGGCCCGGGCCUCGAUCUCACAUGAUGUUUGUACUCUUGUGUAUUUAAACUGCAAUAGUUUGGUAUUCUGGGGGAGCUGAAGACCAUGGUCACUGCUUCUUGACAGCUGUUCCUUGAGCAGGAUAGGACCCCUUACCCAGUUUCGGACUAAGGGAAAGAGUGUAUUGAGGUUUUGUACUGUGUGUGUGUGCGCGUGUGUGUGUGUGUGUGUGUGUGUGUGUGUGUGUUAAUAAGCACAUUGAACGAUAGCACAGCUGUUAUUGAUCCGUUUUCUUAAGGUAUAUAUUUAUUGAGGGACAAUUGCCAAGACCCUGAGCCCUUCCCUCAAUAAAAAUGAUAUCAGAGGAUGCUCAUUGUACCUCAGAAAUGACCUACGUUAUUUUAUUUUUUUUAAUAAAAAGGACACCACUAAGUCCCCAAUAAGUUAUUGUUAAUUGUAUCAUUUUUUUGUAUUUAUUUACCUAAAUAAAUUGCAGUUACCAUACAACGGUG